AUGACAUCAUUCCUUCUCCUUCUGUCCCUCUUCCUCGCCCUUUUCCUGUUCCCUUCUCCUCCUCCUCCUCCUUUUUCAUUUUAUUCCCUUUCUUCACACUUCCUGUUCCUCCUCCCCUUCUUUUUCUGUUUCCCUCCUCCUCCUUCCUUUUCAUUCUAUUCCCUUUCCUCACGCUUCCUUUUCCUUCUCCCCUUUCCUUUCCUUCUAUUCUCAUUCCACACCCGAUUCCCCCUCCUCCUCCCUUUUCAUUCUAUUCGCCUACCUAGUCCUUUUCCUGUUUCCCUCCUCCUCCUUCCUUUCCAUUCUAUUCCCAUUCCUCACCCUUUUCCUUUUCCCCCACCCCCUCCUCUUUCAUUCUAUUCCUUUUAUUCACCCUUUUCUUGUUCCCUCCUCCUCGUUCCUUUUCAUUAUAUUCACCUUCCUCGCGCUUUCUCAAUCCCUCCCCCUGCUUCCUUUUCAUUUGUUUCCCAUUCCUCACCCUUUUCCUGUUCUCUCCUCUUCCCUUUUCAUUCUAUUCUCUUGACUAGCCCUUCUCAUGUUCCCUCCUCUUCCUUCUUUUUCAUUCACUUCCCCUUCCUCACUCUUUUCCUUUUGCCUCCACGGCCUUUUCGUUCUAUUCCCCUUCCUCGCCCUUUUCCUGUUCCCUCCUCUUCAUUCUAUUCCCCUUCCUCGCCCCUUUCCUGUUCCCUCCUCCUCCUUAUUCGUUCUAUUCUCUUCUCCUUUUUCCUUGUUCACUCCUCCUCCCUUUAUUUUUUCCUGUACUUCUCUUCCUCGUUCUACUUGUUGUUCUCCACCCGUUGUGCCUUUUCUUCAUUACUUCUUUCCUCUCCUUCUUUUUCUUCUCCACCUCCUCUUUUUCUAAUGGCUUCCGGCUCCAAACGAUCAUAA